AUGCCCACUCUGGAUCUUAGCCUGUUUGACCAGCCAGGCGGCAAGGAAGAGUUGGUAGAGCAGCUCAGAUAUGCUGCUCAGCAUGUAGGCUUCUUCUAUGUCAAGAAUUUCGGCAUCUCCCAGCAAGAAGUCGACAACCAAUUCGCUCUUGGUCGGGAGUUUUAUGACCUGCCACUGGAGGAGAAGCUCAAAUACCACAACCUUGACGACCUGGAAAGAGGAGAGUACAACGGCUAUCGUCCGGCUGGGUUGAGAACCCUCAGCGAAGACCCCUUAAUCAGAGACAACAUCCAAGUCUACAACCUGCCCAAAUUCGACGGCCACCACAAGCGCGUCCACCCACCCGUCCUCCAAGACCAUAGCAAAGAGAUCGAAUCCUUUAGCCGCAAAUGCCACGAGAAGGUCGUCGUCAAACUGCUCAAGCUCUUCGCCCACCUGCUCGAGCUCCCAGACGAGGACCAACUCGUCCGCGACCAUGUAUACGACAUCAAGGGAGAAGACCACCUCCGCUACAUGCACUACCAAGCUCGUCCCCUCGAGGAAAGUCGUAUUGUCGGCGACCUCUACACCCCGGGCCACACCGACCUCGGAAGCAUUACGCUCCUAUUCAGACAACCCGUAGCAGCGCUGCAGAUUCUCAACUCGGCUGGGGAGUGGAAAUGGGUCAAGCCACGGGAUGAGACAAUCACUAUCAACAUCUGCGACGCCCUCUCCGCCCUGACUGGCGGCUACCUCAAAUCUUCCGUGCAUAGGGUCCGAGCACCGCCCGAGGACCGGGCACAUCUUGACCGCCUGGGAGUCUUGUUCUUUGCGAGACCCAACAAUCACAUCACCCUCGAUCCUAUCUCCAACAGUCCCUUACUACAAAGGCUGGGACUUACGGACAAUGAGUUCACGAAGUUGGGACAGCAUUUGACGAUGGAGGAGUGGGUAAAGGUGAGGCAGAGUCAGCAGCAGCGGAGGACAAAGGCGCCGAAGAUCGAGGGCUCGAGGUAUAAGUAUAGCGACCAGGAGUUGGAGAUAAUUCCAGGAUUGAAGGCAAAGAUCUACAAUUAG